UGGGUUGGCUUAUAAUAAGAGCAGCAUAGGAAGCCAGAGGCAGGAGAGCAAAGGCAAGACAGAGGCAGCUGAGAACAGUUCUUGCACCUGUGGAAUGGGGACCAGAUAUAUUUACUUUUUCUUCCUUUAAGAAGCAACUGAUUCUGGAAUCUGAAGUUAAUUUCCAUUUCCAAGAGGCAACUGAAGGACAUUCGGGAGAGGCAGAUUCUUCUAGCUUGGCUAGUUGCUAUGGCCAGACCACAAAUGAUGGCUCCCAUUUGUCUGGUGGAGAACCACAGGGAUCAGCUGUCAGUGAACCAAACAGCCAUCGAGAUUCUGAACAACAUUUCCCAGCCAGUGGUAGUUGUGGCGAUUGUUGGAUUGUACCGUACCUAUAAGUCCUACCUGAUGAACCAUCUGGCAGGACAGAAUCACGGCUUCCCUCUGGGCUCCACUGUGCAGUCUGAAACCAAGGGCAUCUGGAUGUGGUGUGUGCCCCCAUCCAAGCAAGCCAAAACCACACCCCUGGUCCUCCCGGACACUGAGGGCUGGGUGAUGUGGAAAAGAUUCUUCUAACUUGGCAAGUUGCUAUGGCCAGACCACAAAUGAUGGCUCCUAUUUGUCUGGUGGAGAACCACAAGGAUCAGCUGUCUGUGAACCAAACAGCCAUAGAUAUUCUGAACAACAUUUCCCAGCCAGUGA